CAUUCAUUUCGUGGCAGAUCUCCCCAGCAUUCAUGGGCAAGACAGCGAAAGGGAGGCCAGCUGGAACUGGUGCCCAAGACUUGAAGAUGCACUCGCUUGACGUUGGCAACAAGAAGACGAAAGAGCAAAUGAGGUUCGAGCAGGCCACAAAGGAGGCGGUCCAGACUCUGGCACGGCUUGGGAUGCCGCCCGAGGAGCUCGCGGGGUCUAUCCGGAGGUGCCUCAACAACAUGCACGGUCCGGAGUGGCAUUGCGUGGCAGGCAAGGUCAAGGCGUUCAGCGUGCACGUCCGAUAUUGGCGCGGGAAGUCCUUCCUGUUUGAGGCAGAGGGCCUGCGAAUCAUUGUCUUCCAGUCUGCCCCGCCAGCACCGGAUGACCCGCUAUCAAGCCCGCAAGCCCACGAGCAAGACGCAGAACCCAAGCAGGGACCGUCAGCCAAAGGGGCGGAGCGAACAAGGUAACCAACCCAUUCUUCGUUGCCUGCUCUUCUUCAAUAAAUAUGUUUCUGUGUUGCAAAGCCUCUUCCAGAUGGGGGCAUCGAGCCGAGACCAUACAUAGCACAAUGCAUCAUUCCCCGGAGCCCCCUUUGCCUUGCCUCUGCGGAAUCUUGCUCCUACCUUCGCCGUGAGAAUGAUUCCGCGGUGCUCUUUCCCUCGUCAAUAGUAGAAAGGCUGGUUGACCAAGGUCGGAUGUUGUGUGCGAAUGAUAAUAGUACCAGCACAUACCUGACCACAGGUGGGAAGGCAUGUUGAGAGGGUCAGGAUUGAGGCAGUCGUCGCCCCCGAAAACUUGUGCCGUCAUUGCCGGGUAUUUUCUUCCGCCCCUGCACGUGGCGCUACCGUGUCCCUGGGACUUGGCAACAGAAUUUUCGACGAGAACGACCAAUGUAAUAUCUUUUCGAGUUGGCUGGGCUGCAGUGGUCGUUGAACGCCCUCGUGUCUUGCUCCUCGCUCCUUUAGUACAUGCCACAGACACGCACCCAAGUUUAUCUACUUUUUAAGAUCAGUGCAGGCCGUUGUUGAGGUUUGCUAAACGAGUACGAAUGCGGGAAGCCAACAGCCAAACAUACAGAUUGCCACGCCCUGGCGUGAUCCAUGUUUAACGAGCGUCCUCCUAGCAUGUGCCUUUUUUCUCUCCAGCAUCAAGGUACUGAGGUCGGAAAUGGAGCAAGGGUAUCAUAAGCGUGUUCUAGCCAUGGCCUCGGCGUCGGCGAGGGAACACGGGAAGACUGGCGAUUUGAACAGCAUCGUGGCCGCCCUCAAGGCUUCCCUAACGGAGUUCACAGGGCCUGUAUGGCAUGUUAUGGCCACCCGGGGGGCAGGUGAUUGGGGCUUCUCUGUUGCGCACGAAGAAGGACAGCUGCUAGAUUUCAAGCUGAACGGGGACCGAAUUCUCUGCUGGAAGCACGCGCAGGCUGCUCCGGGGCUGACUGACGUGCUCACCAUGAAGCGGAUAUCUACGUUCCUGUUCGUGGCAACGAUGCUGCUCCUGUGUGUCUACGUGAAGCUGCAAGGGUCGUGCGACCGGUGUUGCAGUUCUUGCCCAGGAGCGCGCGAGAAGGCCGGGUGCGUAAUGGCGCCAACCACUUCCGGUGGGGAGGCAGGAGCCGGCGACAUAGUGGUAGAAGGGUGCGACGUUGAUGUGACUGAGGCUGCAGAUCUCUGCCUGCGCAACGCGAAGAUUGCGUUGUUCGUGACGUGCGGAACUAUGGCCGGUGCCACGGCUUUGAAGUGGGCUGACCGAAGCAAGGCCAAGCGUCAAUUCAAGCACCAGGGUGCUUGACUCACGUCCAAAACACGCACGUUUUUAUAGCGGAGCAAGCGCAUAUAGAGAUUCGUGCAAUAGCAAGGUGCGCAGGUCGAUGUCCCCGCCCCAAGUUGUUCUUCCGUAAUUGACGCGGUGCGCCGUUAGGAUUGUUCUGCCAUGUGGUCGUUGCCAUCUCCUUGGCGGUGGUUGGUGUGAGAUCGGUGUUUUCUGUCAUAAUUUUGAGUGUUAGUCAAGAAGCACAUACAGCAGUAGGGCUGUCGGCAAUUGUGUCCGUGCUAAAGAGAUGCAAAGAGUUAUUCUGUCUCCUCUCGCGCCACUGCACGACUCA